AUGAUAAAGAAUUUGGUUUUUGUGUUUUGUUUUUAAUGCUUGAAGAGCUGGAGGAGAAUGACAACACAUCCACUUGGAAACUAGACUGAGGAGUUCCUUUCUUCCUUUCCCCUAUAUUUCCAGAAACAGAAUCCUAAGCACAUAAAAAUGGAAGACAGCCAGACCAAAGCCAACGUCACCCGCCGCCUCCAAAUCAUAAAGCUAAGAUCAGGCAAAACCUUCAAUCAAAUAGCAAAGGAAACCGGGUUAACCAAUGUCUACGUAGCUCAGCUCUUUAAACGCCAGGCUCAGCUCAAGCCUGAAACCGCCCCUAAGCUACGGGAUGCCUUGCCUGACCUGCCGGAGGAGCUUCUCGAUGAGAUGAUGAAGCCACCCUUGCGGUCCUAUGAUCCUAACCUUACCCAAGAACCUACUGUUUGCAGGUUGAAUGAGGCAGUCAUGCAUUUUGGUGAAAGUAUAAAGGAGAUUAUCAAUGAAGAGUUUGGUGAUGGCAUCAUGUCAGCUAUAGAUUUCUACUGCUCUGUUGAUAAAGUUAAAGGUGUCGACGGGAAAGAACGUGUUGUUGUGACAUUUGAUGGAAAAUACUUGCCUUAUACUGAGCAGAAGACAGAGCAUAUGGUUUCAAGACUACGGAUGCAAUGAAGCUAAAUAACGGUCAGAUGAUGAGGAAGCUAAAUAACAGUCAACUGAAGCAGUGAUGCCGAUCCCUCAAAAACUCUUGUGUUAUCUUCCUACAGAAAUAAGUCUUUGAUGUGGUGUAUAGUUGUGUCCUGUUUAAAGACUUAAGAGCUACUUGUGAAAAACAACAAACUUCGCUUGUGUACUCAUAAAUUUGAAUUCCUCAUCAGUUAUAUCAAUAAUUCAUAAUAAUGGAACACCAACAAUUGCAAACCUUUCAA